GACGCAACUCUGUUUUCUUUCUUCUCGUUUCUUUCUCCGACAUCUCGUCUUCUGCUGGCUGAGUCUUAUCUUUAACACCCAACCCCAGAAUACGGUUUCAUUCAAGGAGCCAAAAUGGCCUCUACAUUCUCUGUGCAAGCGGUGCAUUCCCCUCGCCUGGUGGUUAAGGGUAGUUUUGGCCUAGAUGUGGCAAAUUUGAGGCCAUGUGUGAUAUCUACGGCAACUUUAAGUUUAUCUAGAAAAGCAUUGACAUCAAGAUCUCACUAUGCAUCAAGUUUCCCCAUCACACAGCUUUUUAAAGCACCUGCCGUUUGGACCAGGAGAAUGGCCUGCGUCAACUCAAUGACAAAUGAUGUUGAGCUGCAAGCAAAAGUGACCACUAAGUGCUUCUUUGAUGUUGAUAUUGGGGGUGAACCUGCUGGUAGAAUUGUGAUGGGCCUUUUUGGAGAUGUUGUCCCAAAAACUGUUGAGAACUUCCGUGCCUUGUGCACAGGAGAGAAGGGAUAUGGUUAUAAAGGAUGCUCUUUCCACCGGAUUAUUAAAGAUUUCAUGAUCCAGGGAGGGGACUUCACAGAAGGAAAUGGAACUGGAGGAAUUAGCAUAUAUGGUCCUAGCUUCGCAGAUGAGAGCUUUGAUUUGAAGCAUGUUGGACCUGGGGUUUUGAGCAUGGCUAAUGCUGGCCCUAAUACAAAUGGGAGCCAAUUUUUCAUUUGUACUGUAAAGACUCCUUGGUUGGACAACCGCCAUGUUGUAUUCGGACAUGUAAUUGAUGGCAUGGAUGUUGUUCGGAAACUGGAAUCCGUAGAGACAAGCAGGACAGAUACUCCUCGAGCACCAUGCAGGAUUAUCGAUUGUGGUGAGCUAGCAGUGGAUGGCUGAUUUACAUGCUCACAAAUUAUGAUGCACAAUAAUGACUGCAAUUUCUUGAUUGUGCAUUCCCAAUUUUCUUAAGAUCCAUACCCUUUUUGAUCGUGGAAUGGUUUUUUUUCCAGUACCAUGUAUCUGAAAGAUCAUCCAUUUUGGUUCAGAGAAAUUGAAAACAAUGCUUUGUAGGCUCAUGAUCAAAGACAAAGUGCAUAGUAUUGUUAUGUCAUAAAUGCAAAAUGCUGUUUUUGUUACGCUCUCAACUGAACAAAGCCUUGCUAUAUUAAUUGUAAACAUAUUUUACUCGUCA